CACGGGGCGCGCGGCGCGGCAGCCCCGGAAGCGGCGGUGGCGGCGGGAGCGGGAGCGCGGCCGGUGCCCAGGACCCCUGAGCCCGCCCUUGGUGAGGGCAGGGUGGGGCAGGGCGGGGCUGUUCAGGUGCGCAGGCACCGCCCCGGCGCCCCCUGCUGGUCACAGGUGAGGCAGAGAUGGAGCCGGGGAGGACAGUGGACACGGCGUCCCCGAGCUGUCACCACAGUGGGGAUGAUGAGGAGGAAGAUGUGACAGCAGCGGCAGCCAUGACAUCAUCCGUGUGUCACCCUGCUGGGAAUGAGGAGGAGGACAAGGAGGUGGCAGCAGUGGUGACAGCCACAGUGUCCCUGGAGUGCCACCCCAGUGGUGAGGAGGAGGAGGAGGUGGCAGUGGCCAUCACAUCCCAAGGUGGGCCGUGUGGCAGGGAUGAGGAUGUGGUGACAGCAGUGACAGCAGAAGCAUCCACAACGUCCCAGGGCUGUCAUCCCGGUGAGGAGGAGGAGGUGACCACAGUAGGGACAUCCCUGGGGUGUCCCCCACUUGGGGAUGACGAGGAGGUGACAACAGCGGGGACAGCAGCAGGGACAUCCCAGGGCAUUCAACCCAGUGAGGAGGAGAUGACCAUGUCAGCAACGUCCCCAGCACGUCCUCCUGUAGGGGAUGAAGAGGAGAUGACAGCAGCGGUGACAUCCCCAGGGUGUCACCCUAGUGAGGAGGAGGUGACAGCAGCGGUGACAUCCCCAGUGCGUCACCAUGAGGAAGAGGAGGAGCUGACGCCAGCAGUGACAUCCCCAGUGUGUCACCCUGGUGAGGAAGAGGAGGAGGUGACAGCAGCGGUGACAGCAGCGGCAGCCACAUCAGCCCCGGGCGGGCGGCGCGGCGCGGACGAGGACGUGGCGGCCGCGGGCUGGCGAGCGCGGCGCAAACACGUGUUCGUGCUCAGCGAGGCGGGGAAGCCGAUCUACUCCCGGCACGGCAACGAGGAGGCACUGGCGGCCACCAUGGGUGUCAUGAUGGCCCUCGUGUCCUUCAUCCAGAGCGGCGGCAAUGCCAUCCGGGCCAUCUGCUCCGAGGACCGCACGCUGGUGUUCGAGCAGCGGGGCCCGCUGCUGCUGGUGUCGGUGUCCCGCACGCGGCAGUCGGCGGCACAGCUGCGGCGGGAGCUGGCCUUCGUGCACGAGCAGAUCCUGUCGCUGCUGACCCGCGGCGGCAUCGCCCGCGUCUUCGCUCGACGCCGCGGCUUCGACCUGCGCCGGCUGCUGGCGGGCGCCGAGGCCGUGCUGGACCGGCUGCUCUGCGCCAGCGACCUCCACCUGCUGCUCAACCUGCUGGGCGGCGGGGCGGGCGCGGGGGCGGGCGAGGUGUGGACCCCCGUGUGCUUGCCACGUUUCAACCCCGACGGGUAUUUCUACGCGUACGCGGCGCGGCUGGGCGAGGAGGAGGAGGAGGAGGGCGUGACGCUGAUCCUGCUGUCCACGGAGCGAGAGGGAUUCUACGCGGCGGCUGCGUGCCGGCGGCAGCUGGAGGACACGCUGCGGGCGCAGGGCUGGCUGGCCGAGCUGGCGGCGGCCGUGCGAGGGGGAGCGGGGUACGGCCCCUCUCGCCCCGGCGCCCCCGAGCUCCGGCACUUCCUCUACAAGCCCUUGGAGGGGCCGGAGGAGAUGCAGCAGCUGCCGCAGUUCACCAGCCCCGAGCUGGAGGAGCCCUACACCAGCGAGGAGGAGCAGCACCGGCUCUUCGACCUGUACCACUACCUGCACAGCCGCGUGCACAGCCCGCACCGGCCCCUGCGCCUGCUCUACCACGUGGCUGAGAAGGAAACGCUGCUGGCCUGGGUGACCAGCAAGUUCGAGCUGUACAGCUGCUUCAGCCCGCUGGUGACGAAGGCGGGCGCCAUCGCCGUGCUGACCAAGCUGCUGCGCUGGCUCAAGAAGGAGGAGGACUGGCUGUUCAUCCGCUACCCGGCACCGUUCUGCGCCGCGCCCGCGCGCCCCGAGGGGCCUGAGCCCGAGGGCUGACAAUAAACACUGAGACCCC